CCCCAUCACUUCUCUGGGACAGACACUGACCAACUCAUAAGACGUUCAACUACAGAAGUGCUUGGAAAUGGAAGGAAACAAAUCUCGCACCAAUGCCCCAACCUACCUGGCAUGGUCCAUUUUCAACACUUUAUGUUGCUGUCUGCCACUUGGAAUUGCUGCAAUAGUUUGCUCAUGCAAGGCGGAUAAUGCAAACGAAGUUGGGGCGGCAGAAAGAGCAGCAGAAGCAUCCAGGACAGCCAAGAUACUCAACAUCAUUGGACUUGUUAUUGGAAUUGUAAUGAUCAUCAUUAUUGUUGUUCUGAAUUUCAUACGUACAUGAGGAAAGACCAAUGUCUUUGUACCUUUUUACCAUUGCAUUCCUGGGCAUUUGUAGAAUAUAUCAGAUCAGCCCUGAGGAAGACUAGCUAAUCCCCUAAUCAAGCCCCAGUGUAAAUAAAUACUCUGAAAGCAAUUAUUAUGCCAGUGCUUACAGUGUAUAAAGGAAAUAGAAGUUACUGCUUUGAGAAAAUGUUUAAAGAUUUCACUGUAUGAAUAAACACAUCAAUUCAACAAAA